UUAAAUUAAUUUAGAUUUGAAGCUGGUUCAAGGCAAUUAUGUGGUGGUUGGGGUUUCGCCAAUGCCAAAGCUUUAAGGGGUCACAUGAAGGCCCAUCUUGCCACCCUUCCCCUUCCUCCCAAGAUCAGUGACGACGAUGGUGAUGAUGACUCUGCUUCUCCUUUGUUGUCUUCUUCCAUGGAGAAGCAAGAGCAGGAGCAGGAGCAAAGAGUAGUAAAGCAAAAGCAAGGAAGUUCUAGAAGAGAAAGCUUUGGUCAAGAGAGUGAGAUUGAGUUGAGAAAUCCAACUGGUAAACGAUCAAGGAGGAAUCAAAAACCGAUUACCUCGGAGGGUGGAAACCAGAAUCUGGAAAGGGAAUAGAAGUCGAAAGAGAUGGAGAAGGAGAAGAAAUGUUGGGGAAGAGUGAAGAGGAAGGGGAGAAUAACGAAGAAGAAGGUUAAUUUUGAAAAUGAUUUUAAUUAAUUAAUAAUAAAUGGUUUUUAUUUAU